AUGGCCGCCAGUCGCACAGAAUGCGAUUGGUUCCUGCGCACCAGCAUGAGCAUACUUGGACAGAACGCAAUCACAAUCAAGCGGAGCUACCUGAGAGCCAUACCUUUAUUGUGGCUGCACAAGUCAACGCCUUACAUUCGUAAAGCUUUUGUGAAGAAUUCAACAAAACGAGCCAUAAAGAGAUCUAGCUCUAAUCGUGUCAGGCAAAAGCACGCCACACACACACACGCACACAGUCACAACGCACACUGUGGCGUGCAGGAAGGUUAUUCAACUCAACAGAUUUCACCACACACCAUGAGCAGUCUACGCAUUUGCAAAGCCAUGUCGCUGCAUCCCAGCGCAAAUCUCUCGAAUAAUCAUAUCAAUUCUAGGAUAUGCCUAAUGCCAGGUUGCAAGGCCAGCCCUUCGGAGCUACGUCGCUUUCCAGUACACGACAUAGAUCGCUGCAACUAUUGGCUGCGCCAAUUCGGAUUGAACGACCAACUGGUGCAGGAACUUGGCGGCGUGAAAAGGCUGCGCAUCUGCCUGUGGCAUUUUAGCCAGCGCAACGCAAUGGCUAAGACGCGCAUCAAGACGACGCCACUGCGCUUAAACAAGCCAAACAAAAUAACCACCACAACAGGAGCAACAACAGCAACAACAGAAGCAGCAGUAGCGACAUCUGCCAAACCGAUGGCAGACAGCACAACAACAAUUGAGCUUGUCGAUAGCUCCAGUGGGAAUUCAYUGAAGCAGUCCAUGCAGGAGAAGUCGGUGACUACAAUAACACCUGUGCCGCAACGCUCCCACUCGAUAUGCUCCUCCUCGUCCAUCUCCAGCGAUGUGCAGUCCAUYAGCUCGGACUACGAGGCCAGCAUGCCGUUGUCCGCUCUGGUGGAUGCACAUGCUCAGAAUGGUAAUGGGCUGGCGAAGAAGCGCAAACUGUAUUUGAUAACUGAAAAGUCGGAUGAGAAGAAUGGAAAUACGUUGCCCAAUGGCCAGAAGAGGAAAAUGUUUGUGGUUGUGGAACAGGAGAAGGAUACGGCUGCUAAAAAGCUGAUGAUCGUCACAGACAAGCCGCAGGCAAAUCUCACACAGCAUCUGGAGAAGUUUCUGCCAGAGAUACUAAGCUGCAUCCAGGGCAAGGAACAGGCGCAGGCGCAGGUCAAGUUGCCGACGAUCAAGCAUCAGGUGACAAUCAAGCAGGAGUCACUGCCCACGAAGCCAGCUCCUAUUGUGAAUAAGCCGCACAUAACGCUGCCGCCCAAGAAGAAUCCCACCAACUUUGUCAAAUUGGAGGGCUCACCUGGCAUUAAUCUACCGGCCAGCAUGUCCAUUAUGCCCGUGGAGCCGGUCAAAGAGUCGCCGCCAGUACCAGAGACUGAGACCAACAUUAAUCUGUCGCCCGACUUUCGGUUUCUCAUGAAGAUUCUACCCAAGCUGGAGCAGCUGCCCGAGCCGCACAAACAGCACGUCAAGCGCUCUAUACAGAUCUUUGUGGAGGAGAGCUACAGCCACUAUGGCAAGAAGGAGUAGCAACACCUAGUUAUAUAAAUUAUCAUUUUAAUUAGGUAUUUCGUUUAAGGUUCCA